AAAGGUCUGGUCUGUCCAGCACUUACUUUUUGCCCAAAAAUAAGUAAAGGUCUGCUCUGUCCGGCACUUACAGCUCUCUGUUUCUUUUGCUUUUUUGGUCAAGAGUCCGGACUAUCUGUUGAAAUCUUAAAUUUUUCUGGCUCGUCUCUUUCACAAGCUUCAUUCUCUGCAAGCCGAGACUCAGAGAGAAGGAAUCAAAAAUGAUUUCUUGUGCUUUCCCCUCUGAUUUUGGUCAUCUGGGUAGUUUUUGCCUUUAGGAGAGGAACAGUAGUACAGUCCCAAAAUUAUAAAGGUUCAAAACUACGAUACCCAAAUUCCUAAACCCCAUUUCACUUGUUCUUUGCCUCAAAUUGGACUCUUUCCUCUUCUACCUUCCAGAACCUCAAAUGCUUGUUCAAAAAGACUAAAACUUUCGCUUGGUUAAUAUCCUGUUUUUUUUUUCCUGUGUUUUUGGACUGAAAGCUUUUGGAGGGUAGCAGACUCGCAUCAGAUCUUAAUCUCCUGAUUGUGAACAUAGAAAGGAAGUCAAAGCCAAAAGUUUGCUUACAAUUUACAAUCUAUGGCCAAUACAUCUAUCAACAGCAUUAGCUUGAAAGCCAUGGUGGACAAAGCGAGCAACCAAAUUAUCUUCGUAGAGUCUGACAAUGAUUUCAUUGAUGUUAUCUUUAGUUUCUUAACAAUACCCAUGGGAAAAAUUAUCAGGUUGACCCCUAAUCAAUCAAUACGAUUGGGCGUAGGUUGCUUGAAUAAUGUGUAUGCAAGUGUUAAGAAUAUGGAUCUGAAGCAUUUCCGUACUGAAGCAUGUAAAGACAUGUUGCUAUCUCCCCGGAGUGCGGCUGAAUCUCAAUGCAAGAACCUCAAAGUGAAGAUUUACAAUGAUGAGGCUACACAGUACUUUAUGUGCUCACUUAACAUAGCCAAUUGCAAGUUUAGUUAUUGCAAAGAUUUAAAUUGUGAUAGUUGUGGAGUAAAAAUAAAUAUGGAGAAAAAUCUUCUAGUGACUCCAGAUGGAGGUGUGUUUGUGAAAGGACUAUCCAGACUCAUAAUUACUGAUGAUUUACAAGUGAUUCCACCAUUAACUGCAGCAAGCCUUCCUCUACUUACAAAGCUUGGAGUCAUGGAUGUGAAUACUAUGGAGGAGGUGACCAUCAAUGUAGGAGUUGAUGAGGUUUUGAAUUUGCUUAUGCGGUCAUUAGCAUCGAAGACACCUUUGACAGAAUCUCUGCUGAAGAAUAAACCAAGACGAAAAUUUUGCAAUGAAUAUCAAGGAAUAAAUACCGAACCCCAAAUGGUAAAAGACAAAACGAAUCUGGAAGGAACCAUUUCUGUCAAGCUUAUAGUGAGCAAAUCAAAGAAGAUGGUUUGUUACGCAGAAGCAGGGGAGGAUUUUGUUAAUUUGCUCUUAAGUUUCUUAACUAUUCCGCUGGGGUUUAUUGUUAAACACAUGGGGAAUCGCUCAUUACAAGGAUGCAUUGAUCAGUUGUACAAGAGUGUCCAGGAUCUUGAUGAUCAAUAUAUGAUGUCAAGCUACCACAAAGAAAUGCUACUCACUCCUAAACUUGUCCCUGGUUUUUGCUAUGAGAACCAUCUUUUAGGAACUGAGGAAGCCACAUAUUAUUAUGCUGGUUCAACAGGUUUUCUGUCUACUGAUAGAGUCCUUCUUGCUACUCAAACUGCACUUGCUCCUAAAUCUAUCAGUCCAUUCGCUCCCAGUGCAUUCGGCCGUCAAGAAAGUGCUCAAACUUCAAUAAGGCCAAUUGCUUUUAGGGAUCCCAAAGCCAACCAUCACCAACAUAAAAAUGCUCAAGUUCAAGGGUUUUUAGAAGGACCGGCAAUGUUCACAGUGACUGAUGAUCUGAACAUAAGACCUGUAUCUCUAAUCUAUGGCCUGUCUCUUCUAAAUGAAUUGAAGGUACCUUUGACUGACAUUUAUGUGCAAACCGUGCAGGUGCACGAAGAGGAGGCUUUGCGUCUUUUGGUAGCUGCUUUUCUUGGCGACUCGGCUCUAACCAUUACCUUCAUCAGGGAGUCAGAGCAAGACAAAAGGUUAAAUCAAGAACAGUGAAGCAGAUGGCAUUAUGGAGCCAGAGAGGAACAAAUGGAUAUAGCAAGUACAACCUAGAAGGCUAGAACUGAGAACUCAAUGUAAAAACCUAGAGGGACAUAGCAACUUACUUGAUGACCUGCAUAGUUGCUCAUUAUUAUUUAAAUCCUUUGUUUGUUGAUAACAACUUGAAGUACUAUUCCGUCCACUUGUGCCAUCCCUAAUGAAACUAGCCAUUGGCCAAAAGUUCCCAGAGUAGUUUUUUUUUUUUUUUUGAGAACCCAGAGUAAUUGAAUCAACUC